UAUUCUCCCUCCCACCCAUAGGCACAUGUCUUAUUUUGUGGAUGUGUUUUUAAAGGAAAUAGCAAUAUGUUCACUUAAUACUUUCCUUUACAAUAGGUCCGAUUGUUUUCACAACUUUGUAGAUUCUUGCCUCCAGAAAAUCCCUAAAAAUCGCCCUACAUCAGAGGAACUUUUAAAGCACGCAUUUGUUCUUCGGGAGCACCCUGAAACAGUGUUAAUAGAUCUCAUUCAAAGGACAAAGGAUUCAGAAAGAGAGCUGGACAAUCUGCAGUAUCAAAUGAAGAAGAAGGUCCUUUUCCAGGAGGCACAUAAUGGACCAGCAGUAGAAGCACAGGAAGAGGAAGAGGAACAAGAUCACGGUGUUGGACAGACAGGGACAGUGAAUAGUGUUGGAAGUAAUCAGUCUAUUCCCAGUAUGUCCAACAGGGCCAGUAGUCAAAACAGCUGUGUUAACAGUCUUCCAGAUGCCUUGGAUGACAAAAGUGAGCUAGACAUGAUGGAGAGAGACCACACAGUCAUGUCUAAUAGUUCUGUCAUCCAUUUAAAACCCAUGAGUAUUUGGAUUUCAGUUACAAGGCAAACGCCAGAACAUGAGCAGGAAACUAAGCUUAGAGAACAAAUGUCUGGCUGUAAGAGAAUGAUGCAGCAACAUCAAAAACAGCUGAUGAAUUUGGAAAAGAAGCUAAAGGCUAAGAUGGAUGAGCAUCGUCUCAGAUUACACAAAGAUCUUGAAACUCAGCAUAACAACUUUGCUGCAAAAAUGAAGAAACUUAUUAAGAAACAGGCUGCUAUGGAAAAAGAGGUAGCUGAUCAAGUAAACCCUAAGGAGAAGCAGGCCCAAAACUUAGCCAUCUUAACUGAGCAGUAUGACCACAACAUUAAUGAAAUGCUCUCUACUCAAGCCCCGCGUUUGGAUGAAGCACAGAAGGCAGAGUGCCAAGCUUUGAAAAUGCAGCUGCAGCAGGAAGUGGAGCUGUUGAAUAUUCAGAGGAAAAUCAAGAUGCAGGCUGAGGCACAACGUGAUCUAGAGCUUCAGGAACUUGAACAGAGGGUCUCCCUCCACAAGGCACUCUUAGAACAAAAGAUUAAAGAAGAGGUAUUGACAUUGCAGAAUGAAUGCACUGAACGAAUACGAAGCCUGCUGGAGCGUCAAGCAAGAGAAAUGGAAGCUUUCAACUCUGAAAGCCUGAGACUAGGUUCUAGUAACGUGGUCCUUUCUAACCUUGCCCCCGAGGCAUUCAGCCACAGCUCCCCUGGAGCUUCUGGUUGGUCUCACCAUCCUACUGGGGGUCCAGGACCUCACCGGGGGCUUCUCCCAUAGGUGGCCCACCACAAGCCUGGGGUCAUCCAAUGCAAGGUGGGUCCCCAUCAUGGGGGUCACCCUUCUGGGCCAAUGCAUGGGGUAC